AAUUAUUUUCGGGACCCUCACAGUUAAACACAUGACGAAAACAGAGCUCAGGAAGUGGCUGGGGUACACACAGGAAAAUAAAGAAUCAGAAGUCAGGGUUCAGGGUGAGAAUCAUCCUGAUGGGCAGUGGAAGAUGAUAUUUUCUGAUGUAUGACAUCUAUGAUUCUCAUUAUGGAAAAUGUUUCUURUUUUGAUGAAGACAGUGAGUUUUCUCUGUUUUUGUUUCUGUCAGGCUGAUCCUGAAUCUCUGGACCAGGWGGGUUUAGGAGGAGMAGAGGAUGGAGUCUAAGUGGAGAAACAUCUCCUCACACCAGUAUUUUAUUUUYAAUAGUUUCAGUGACCUCGGAGCUCUGAAACCGCUCGUUUUCAUCCCUUUCUUCUUCCUGGUCAUCGUGUCGCUGUUUGCCAACUCUUUGUUGUUUUAUGUCAUCAUUUCUCAGCGGAGCCUCCAUUCUCCGAUGUUCAUCCUGAUUGCCUGCAUGAUGGGCCUCAACCUGAGUCCUCCACUGCUCAUCCUGCCGUACCUGACAGUGAACCUGCUGUUUGACAUGAGGGGAAUAUAUCUGAGUGGCUGCCUGGCUCAGAUGUUUUGUAUUUAUCUUUUAGGAACUUGUCAGUCCACUGUGCUGGUCCUGAUGGCUUUGGACCGGUACUUUGCCAUCUGUAAGCCCCUCCACUACCAGGAACACUUGUCUUUACCUCGAUUCCUCAGGUUUGUGAUACCUCUUCUGAGCAGAAAUGUGCUCUUGGUGACAUUAGUGGUGAGUCUAGCAGGACGGUUGCCCUUCUGCUUCUCUAACGUCAUAAAUCACUGUAUCUGUGAGCACAUGGCUCUGGUGGAACUAGCCUGUGGUUCCACUGCCAUCAACAGUCUGCUUGGGUCGAUGUCAAUAUUUUUAAUUACUGUGCUGGACUUUUGCUUYAUCUCCAUCUCGUAUGUGGUCAUAUUCUACUCUGUGCUGCGUUCAGGAACAGCUGGUAAAAAAGCACUGCACACCUGCAUCACUCACAUCAUUGUUAUGAUCAUCAAUCUGGCAUUUGUCCUGGCAACUACUAUCAUGUAUCGGAUCAGAAACAGCAUCCCGGAUGCAGCUCGAGUCUUUCUCAGUGUGAUGUACCUCUUCUUUCCAAGCUGUUUCAACCCGAUUAUCUAUGGAUUUAGAACCACUGAGAUCCGACAGCACAUCCUGAAGACUCUGUCGUCUUGUCGACCGGUUCAAACUGUAAAGUAUCCUUGAAAAAUCUUGUUUUGUUUGUUUUGUUUUUUUUUACAUUUCAUACAUUUUGGAUCCCUGAACUGAUAAGAGACAGAGCAUCGACCCCAUAUACCCACAGCCAUCAUCCACCUCUUGUUACAGAGUUGGGUUUGGGGGCAGCAGUUAGAGCAAAGAGGCCACCUAGCUACCUUUUCCAGCUUUUCUGGCAAGAGUCCAUGAUGUUCCUAGGCCAGCCGAGAGACAUAGUCAGUCCAGCGUGUUCUGGACCUUCCUCUGGGUCUCCUCCCAGUCGGAUAUGCCUGAAGCACCUCCUUAAGGAGUCAUCCUAACCAGAUGAACCACCUCAAAUGACUCCUCUGGAUGUAGAGGAGUGGCAUCACUAUUCUGAGUCCCUACCAGGUGACAGAACUUCUCACCCCAUCUCUAAGGGACAGCCCAGCUGCUACCCAAAGUUUGUGACCAUAGGUGAGCAUAGGAAUGACUGAUCUGUAGGCAGAGGGCUUUUCUUAACAGUUCAGCUCCCUCUUCACCAAAACAGACCGGUACAGAGUCCACAAUACUGCUGAAGCUUCACAGAGMCAUCUGUCAACCUCACACAUCACUCCUCUCU